UGUUUCCAACCUUGGUUUCACUUUCCACUCGUUGCCCAUCCCUGGAAUAAGAAACUUUUCCAAAUUUUUGCAAACAAAUUUUUCCAAAAUGAAGUUCACGCACGUAUUCACCAUUGCAGUCGCAGUUAUUUUCGCCUUUACCGUCAUCCCAUCGACCGAAGCCUUCAACUGUUACAAUUGCGUCUACCUACAAGGAAAUAAUGCCUCGACGUCACAAUGUGAAAACAAACCGAAGGACUUAACGCCGAUAUAUUGUGGCUCAAGGAGCGCAGAGGGACCUAUGACUGCUACCCUGAUUCCCGGCUACACCCAGAAUUCGGUUCGGUCUCCGAAAAACCUUUGCGGGAAAGGGACGGGAAGUUACAACAGUAAGAAGGUCGUUUUAAGGGCGUGCGUUCCAUACGCGGAAAGUAGUCACGAUGGAAAAUGCAAUAAGUACUACGACUGGAGAAUCACGUUCCAGAAUGGAAGCUACAUUGAUUUUCGAGGCAAUGGCACCAACGCCUUGAACACUUGUUUGUGCUCGAAAGACAAAUGUAACGGAGCAAACGGGCUGCACUCUGGGGUGACCGUGGCUGUUUUGGGAACGUUUUUGACCUUAUUGAGGAAAUUGUAUUAAAUAAUAAUAAGUUUUUUAAAUGAAUAAAAAUUGACUAUUUAAAUA